AACGUAUGUUACGAGGGAUAAAAAAUCAUCUCGUCUGUUUCCACGUGCUGUAUCAAAAAACCCGGAUCCCGAAUAUCUGAAGUAUUUUUAGCAGUUAUUUAAUUCUUUUCAGAGAUAUUUUGUCCCGGAAUCCACAGUUGACAUUGCUCUUUACGUAGGCUGGUCGUUUGAACGAUCAGCUCCUCUACAUUGUAUCAGCUCUGCCCUUCAUCUGACUGGAAGAUGGACUUCACUACCUCAUGGGGCACCUCGAUGUUCCCCAGUCCGACGCCCUUUAUGGGUUUUGACACAAGCCCGUACAUCUGGGCUCUGGUCCUAGGUUUCGUCAUUUCAUUCGUCCUAGCAUUUGGUCUCGGCGCAAAUGACGUCGCAAACUCUUUCGCCACGUCGGUAGGAUCCAAAGUGCUCACACUACGAACUGCAUGUUUCCUUGCGUCAUUCUUUGAGACGGCUGGAGCAGUGCUUCUUGGUGCCAAAGUAUCGGACACUAUUCGUAAGGGUAUCUUCGAUGUAAAUCUCUAUGAGGGAAAGACGGAGAUUCUUAUGAUUGGCCAGAUUGCUGCUCUUGGAGGUGCAUGUAUUUGGUUGUUGGUGGCUACAUGGUUCAAGCUACCAGUAUCUGGAACCCACAGCAUCGUAGGAGCAAUGAUUGGGUUUCAUCUUGUCGUCUUUCAGACUGAAGGAGUGAACUGGACUAAGUUUGGUCUGAUCAUUGCCUCUUGGUUCAUCUCGCCGGUUCUUUCUGGAUUAGCGUCUUCAGUCAUAUUCCUUCUGUACAGGAAGUUUGUUCUCAACAAGGAUAAGCCGCUGGAGCCAGGGCUUAGAGUGCUUCCCGUAUGUUAUGCAGUGGUUGUAGUCAUUAAUGUUUUCUCCAUUACCUUUGAUGGGCCAGAAUUACUUGGUAUGAAUCAAGUUCCAGUGUGGGGAACGUUUGUGAUCAGUCUGUGUGUUGGUCUCCUUGUUGGAUUGAUUGUCUGGUUCGUAGCUGUACCCCAACUCCGGAAAAACAUGCUGGAGAGUGGUACGACAUUUACUUCUCUUCCAUCCACUGACCCUGGUAUGGUCAUAGUCCCAACAGCAGUGGAGAUCGAUAUGGCACCGGGGAUCCCGGAGAAAAAGGACCCACUCUCUACCGAGAUCUCGAUGUUGACACUGACAGAGAAAAAUUCCAGCCUCAAUGAAGAUGAUGUCCCGGUGAAAGACUCUGGGGUCGACAAGAGAGAUGCAGCUAAUAACAUAGCAGCAGAACCAAUGUUGAUCAGUAAAUUUGAAGAAGGUACACUAGACAUGUCAACAGAUACUAACAACACCUCCAUGCAGUCAUCCCAUGAUCAGGGCUUCUUCUCGCGUCUCUUAAAUCGCGCUGGCUGGCGUAAGAUUGAGAGCGGAACAAGCACCCCAGACUCCACUCGCUCAAGCUCAACAACGAGUAGUAGUAACUCUUCCACUAGGAAUCUGGAGGCAUGGAAGAGUGUGGUUGACCCGCCCGAGGUCGUGAAACUUUGCAGUCCGCUACAGAUCCUGUCAGCGGUGUUCGCCUCUUUUGCACAUGGUGGAAAUGAUGUUUGCAAUGCUAUUGGACCAUUGGUUGCGCUGUGGUCCAUCUUCCAGUCUGGGGGCGUCGCCCAGAAGCAGAGUACGCCCAUUUGGAUCCUAUUUUACGGAGGGUUCGGGAUCACUGUUGGGUUGUGGGUUCUCGGCCGUCGAGUUAUUGAGACAGUUGGAGACAAGUUGACUCCAAUCACACCCUCAAGUGGGUUCACCAUUGAGCUCGGAGCAGCAAUGACCGUCCUAGCUGCCUCGAAGAUCGGCAUUCCAAUCAGCACCACCCACUGCAAAGUGGGCUCAAUCUUUGUCCUCGGCAUGGUUCGCUCGAGGGCCUCCGUAGAAUGGAAGGUCUUCCGUAACAUAUUUUUAGCGUGGGUUGUUACGUUACCCAUCACGGCAGGGAUUAGCGCGUUACUUAUGUUCCUUUUACAGCUUGCUGUAUGAUGUUAGCCCCCCUAAUACGCCUGUUGGGGUUUGUUCUUUAUAGAAAUAGAACUUGCAUAGCGCUGAGUGCUAAGGAAUCUGGUCGCUGUCAGUCGAGCUAAGCAUCAAAGUUGCUGUUCACUGUCAGGUGAGCCAAACAAUUAAGUUGCCGUUAGGUACUUUUCUGACAGUAACAGUACUACAAGUAAUCUUAUUGUAGUAUUUUCCACAACUUAGGCAUGUGAUUUUGCCGUUUUUUUAUUGGAAAUCGUUUUUUUUUUUUUUUUUUCAGAAAAAAAAGGGAAAAAAAACCCAUAAAAAACCCAAAAGAACAUGAAGAUAAAACAGUCGCCUUUAUUUUCUCCUUGAAGGACCUGAAACUCAGCGUUUUUUGAUGUUCUAUUUCUAUGCUCAGCAAUUAUUCUCCCCCCACGGGUCGGUUUUAGGCUCAGUGAAAUAUUUCUAGUAUUGUUAUUUUUUCGCGAGGUUUUGAACUUCGUUUGCAUUCUAUGAGUUUGUACAGUAACAUUGUAUAGGUUAUUAAUUUGUGUGCCAGCAAUGUAUUUGGUGGUUAGGCUAACAGCCUGGGCGACUAGUGCGAUUAGUGUUGAAGCUACAAUGUAUGACUAUUGAUUGCUUAGUAGAGUCACGACUACCAUUAUUCAACUACUUGGUUAUUCGUGCCGCCAUGACUACUACAAAAAUAGUUGUGACUACUAAGUAGCGACUACCUGUUUGGUGGACCAAUUGUGUUGCUAACGACUAUUCACGACAUAAUAAUUUACUUACGAAACACAACAACAUCAGUGACACAAUCCUUUCAGCAGAAAAUUUCACUAUAUUGCACCUGUGGCAAACAACAUAUUGCAAUUCAUCUUGGGAAUUAAAAAUUUGUCGCAACUAUUGCAGGUGUGACUAGUCGAGUAGUAAAUUUCUCUUGUCGCCCAGGCUUUAGUUAGGAUGCUGCAGUCUCUUUUGGUUUUGAGAUUAAAACAAGUGUAAAAAUACAACAACAAAAAAUCCGUCUGCUCCUGUUUAUAGUUUUAUUAUAACUGUUGGAUGGGUAUAUUUCAAAAUGCUGUUCACAAAACAUAUUACUGUUAUAAAAAUAAUAAUAGUGGCCCAUGCUGUCUUAAAGACACUCCUGGCACAGGAGAGAUGCAGAAGCAAGUGGUCCUACAAUGAGUUAUACAUACAGUAGAUGAUAUUAUAAAAAGACCUACACAAUUGAACGAGUAUAGUACAUUGAGGUGCUUGAUCACAAGUUAUCAUAAUUUAUUUGGGUUGACCGUGAAUCACUCCUAACCUAUUUGGUUUGGUGUGACUCUGGUGCGCCUGUCUGAAUUGUCUCCAACCUAACAUGUAUGUUAAUAAUGGUGUCAAUUCAAUAACCUUCCCGAGGCAAAAAUUGUCAGUGUCCAUCCAAAAAAGAAAAGAAAAGAGGAGGUCUAUACAUUUUUGUGCAGGGGUGUUUUGGUUCGUUCCUGACUCUUUCAGAGUGAUAUUUGAAACUUGACAUGAUCAGAUUAAUCAACUAAUGACCUUCACAUUCCAAACAGGUAUAUUUUAACAGUCUAAAUGUAGAAUUCAAGGUCGGUUUGACUGAGUGUCAUAAAAAGUCAGAAAUGAACCAUUCUACAUGAAAAAACACACAACCAUUAUUACAUGUAGUUGUUGGUUGUCUCUUGUAAGUUUGUAAAAAGAAAAAUCUUGUAAACUGAAACAAGAAGUGUGUGCUUGAGUUUAAAAAGAAUUGUACAAUUUAAAGGGAAUAUUAGGUUAGGGGUCUACAGGGUCGAUAACAAACAGUUGAUGAUGUUGCUGCGUUUUUCUGUUUGAAAUAUAGAUGUAGAAACAAUAGCAUAUUUGCCAACAAGUUUCAAAGUGUGCACCCAAGCUGAACAAAUUGCCUGCAGUUCCCCACCCCCCUAAAAAAAAAAAAAAAAAAAAAGG